AAAAUAAUGUUAUUCAUUUUAUAUGCACUUGAAUAAAAGAAAGAGAAUAAAAAAAUGUACCUUGAAUUGCGUGCUUGGCGCUGAAAGUUACUGCUCUCCCUCGUCACCUACACUCUACCGAUCCUCCCACCCCUUCUAUUUAAUGGCCAUUAAUAGGAUUCAAUUCGCACUUUCUCUUCCCCCAUAAAUAUCAGUCGUCGUCAAUACAACCGCCGCAUUUUAGCAAAGCGUCAGCCAUGGCGAACUCCACUCACCUGAAAUCCGAUGCUUUAAUGGAGCAGAUGAAGCUCCACAUGUCCACUGAUGCUGGGAAACAGCUUACGAAGAAAAUCGGUCUUGUUUAUCAGAUCAAUAUUGCACCCAAGAAACUUGGAUUCAAUGAGAAGUCCUACGUAGUUGAUUUGAAGAAAGGGGAGGUGAAGGAAGGGAUCUAUGAAGAUGGGAAGCCAGAUGCAACAUUCUCCUUCACUGAUGACGAUUUCGUCAAGGUUGCCAGUGGGAAGAUGAAUCCUCAGAUUGCUUUCAUGAGGGGCGCGAUGAAGAUAAAGGGUAGUAUCAGUGCAGCACAGAAGUUUACCCCCGACAUUUUCCCCAAACCUUCAAAGCUGUGAGCUGAGCUGUGUGGAUGCCAUGUUCAGCAGUACCACAAAUUCUAAGAUACGCCUUGUUUGAUCUGCUUUAGCUGAUUUUUUCUUAUUGAAUUUGCCAUUUUCUUUUAUACUGUGAUCUCUUGUUGUGAAACAGAAUGUUAACUUUUUGCGCUUGGUAAUAAUAAGGCUCUCAAUUGCCAAGUCUUUAAGAAAUAUAAAUUUCAUUCCUCGUGUCUUAUGAUACCAUUCUGUCUUAUGAUACCAGUCUGUACGUGUUUUGUUGGAUGGUUUUACAGAAAGUCACUAUCUUCCCUUGGUUUGAAGGUUUUACAGAAAGUCACUAUCUUCCCUUGGUUUGAAUGCUCCUUGAGUUAUUACAAGCACACAUUGAGAGUCGAGGACUCCGCCACGCCAGAGAAACUCUUCUUGGGGCUCGUGAGCGGGCUCUUGCUCGUGUUGACGGGCCUAGGCCCAGACUGAUCAGCCUUCCUUCUCUGCUCGUGCUCGGCCCGCCACUUCCUCAGCUCCUGCUCAACCGCCAAUUUCCCCUCGGUCGCCUGUUCGGCCUUCAACUGCGCAAUUUCUAGCUCGUCCUUCUUGGCGGACAUCUCCCUGCUGACUUCCUCCAGCUUACUCAGGCUCUUGAGCUCCGACUCCUUGGCAGCUUCGACUUGAGAAACAGCGGCCGCCACACGGGCAUUGGCCUCCACCUCGGCCUCGUGGGCCCGCUUGCUCAGUUUGUAAUACUCGUCCAACGAGAGGGUGACUCCCGACGUAUCAUCAUCAUCAUCAUCGGCCUUCUUAGCAGCUGCCGCUGACUCACUCUCCUCAAGCGCGCUAAUCGCCGCAAGCGCCAACCUCUCAGAGGCCUUGGCUGCUUCGAUCUCCUUCUGUGCCGCUUUCAGCUGGCUCUCCUUGGCCAAUUUCCCCGCCUUGGCGCGCUCGGCUUCUUCUCUCACCCUCUCGGCCUCCUCACGUGCCUUCUGCACUAAGGCCCUCGCAUCUUCCGCCUCUCGAGUUGCUUCCUCAAGCUUCUUCGUUAGGUCCGCCAUCUUCUCACUCUCCUCCUCCUCCUUGGCCCGGAUGAUGGCGAUCUCCGAGACCGUCGUGUUCAGCUCGGCCUCAAGAGACGCGGCCGCUAUCGAUGCCAUUCCUUCCCUCUGCUGGACCCCGAGCAGCUCCAUUUUCUCCCUCUCGAGCUCGAGUUUCAACGAUUUCGACUCCUCUCUCAAAACGUUCACUCCCUCGUUCGUCCUCUCGAUCUUGAGCCUCACCUCCUCGAGCUCCUCUUUCGCGGCCACGACUUCCGCCUGGAUGUCGCCGCGCGUUUUCUGUUCCGAAACAUUCGCCGUCUCCGUCUCCAUGUACGCCGCCAGCUCGGCCUUGAGGCCGUGCAGAAGCGAUGUGGCCUCGUCGAGCUUUGUCUUGAGGUCCCUCGUCGACAGCAGCGACGCGUUGAGGCGCUCGAUCUCGGCCUCGGCCUUCCUCAGCUCCUCCUGCCAGCUGGCGGCGUCCUGCUCCUUGGCCAUGAUGGCCCCGAGCCGGUGCUCCUCGGCCUCGAGGUGCUCCGAGUGGGCCGACUCGAGAGACUGCUUGAGAGUGAUGAGCUCGAUCGUGAGGUCCUCGACCGACUUCUCCACUUCCUUUGAGAUGGACACGGCCUCCUCGGCUUUCUUGGCGGCGACUUCCUUCUCGGAGAUGAGGAGUGAGUAGUCCUUGCGGAGCUGGUCGAGCUCGUCGUAUACGGUUUUGAGCUCCGAGACGGCGGCCGUGUGGCGGGCACGGGCGACCUCGAGCUGGGCCUUGGCGGCGAAGCUCGCCUCAUCAGCGAUGCCUUGCUCCAUCUCGUCUAGACGGAGAUUGGCGAGCUCGGCAUCUUGCUUGGCUUGUUGUUCUUCCUUCUGAGCUCGCUCGAGGUUCAGCUUUAGCUCCUCGAUCAGACGCUUGGUGCUGUCGAGCUCCUUGAGGACUUGGGUUUUGGCGUCUUCGGCUGCUUCGCACUGCUGCUUGUAAGUCGGCAUCUCUUCCUGCGCCUUCUCCAGCUCCUGCUCGAUAAACUUUCGUCUCUGCGCGCACGUGCAUGGUUUUUGCGGAAAAUCGUGGUCUUAGUAUUUAUCAACAAAAUAAUAAUAUACUGAAUUUAAUCGUAUGUACCUCCACAGUCUGGACACGGUGGGCUUUCCAGUCGACA